GCAAUCACUAGAUUCUUAAUGCAUUUAAAAAGUGGAUACCUGUGCUCUUUCCCCAAUAAGAGAGCAGGUAAGCACCCAAUUAGAGUGACUGAGAACCAGAUCGAUCCUGUGCUGCAUCUGUGCUCGGAAUCAGUAGAGCAAGCUCAACUAAUAACUUACUAUAAAAUAGUCUCAAGUACAACAGUCUAUAAUUGGAGGUAUGGGUUCUCACAUACGAGAAGUCAGUAUUACUUUCUCUCAUAUCUGUUGGGAUCGGCUUCUUAUGGAUCACUCAAUCCCUAA